CACUUCACAGUGCUGCGUACUAAAAACAUCGGACGCUAGGGGAUCAAGACGCAUGCCACAUUGCCUCUAUGUGGGCACUUUUAACACACCUUUCAAGGGCUUUUUAGUCAAGGGGCAGCAGGAGGAGGACUUUUUAUAUUCUUUGUUUGAUGGCUGCGUUAGCGGCUCAUUAUUAACUUGAUUGUUACUUUGGCUUUCUCCGCGCGUUUGCUUCGCUUGUUUUGGGGGGAAUCGGCGAUCUGUUUAUAUCUCAUCAAUGUCCUAUCCUCAGGCUUAUCUAUACCAGCCUCCGGGCUCCCUGGCGCUCUAUUCGUGUCCAACCUACGGGCCCUCGUCUUUGCCUGCUCCGCGGAAUGAAGAGUUGGCGAGGUCGUCCUCCGGCUCGGCAUUCAGCCCUUACCCAGGAUCGGCUGCUUUCUCCGCUUCGCCAGGCACGGGCUUCUCCAGCCCACUCUCAUAUUCUACGGACCCCACCGCAGGAUUCCCGUCGUAUGUGAGUUCUCCCUAUGACCCACACACAACGGGCAUGGCUGGAGCGCUCAGCUACCACCCAUAUGGCAGUCCCGGAUAUCCGUACCAGCUCAACGACCCGGCUUACCGCAAGAACGCCACGAGGGAUGCCACGGCCACCCUGAAAGCCUGGCUGCAGGAGCACAGGAAGAACCCCUAUCCCACUAAAGGAGAGAAGAUCAUGCUGGCCAUCAUCACCAAAAUGACCCUGACCCAGGUGUCCACGUGGUUCGCCAACGCCAGGAGGAGACUCAAGAAGGAGAACAAGAUGACGUGGGCCCCCAGGAACAAGAGCGAAGACGAGGACGAAGACGACGGUGACGGGGAAAGGAAAGAAAUAGAGCGGUCCGAGAAAACCAUGGAUAACAGCGAGGCUUCAGCCGAGGAUGAAGGGAUAAGUUUACACGUGGACACUCUGACAGACCACUCGUGCUCGGCGGAGUCAGACGUGGAGAAAGUGAAUUGUCGAGCGGGGGAGCUGCGUUCCUCGGAGCGCACCGGGGAUGAGGAUGGAGACGACGCGGUGGAACGACACCUCGACGCACGGGGCCAUAUUUCUCCAAAGCCCAUAACAUCGUCACCGCUAACCGGGGUAGAAGCCCCUAUUGUCAACCCACACCACCACCUUCAUCACCUCCACCAUCACCUGCAGCGCGAGGACCUGGCGCGCAGCCUCAUGGUGGGCAACAAAGUUCUAGAAAGCAGAGCCUCGUCUCAGAAUCCCUCGGUCAAGCCUAAGCUGUGGUCACUCGCAGAGAUUGCUACCUCGGACCAAAAACAGCAGCAGCCAGCAAACUGCCCCUCCUCCAGUGGGGGCCUCCUCACAGCCCCCACCUCUGCUGCCAGCCCACCCUCACUCUACCCGCCCCCCUCCAUCAUCGGAAGGCCUAUUUAUUAUACAUCGCCCUUUUAUAGCAAUUAUACAAACUAUGGCAACUUCAGUCCGCUGCAGGGCCAGGGGAUCCUGCGCUACAAUAACUCCUCUGGAGUGAGUCUAGCCGCAGCAGCCGCCGCCGCUGCCGCUGCUGCCUCUUCAUCCACUUCUAGUGCGAGCGAAGCUCUGAGCUCAGCGCAACAUCCUCACAAUCAGCACGCAGAGGGUAAACUAAGGCCCGACUCCCCCGUCGCUAAAAAUAACAAUAAAGCUGAACAGCAGCCACAUCAGCUUUUCAGAUCGGCAAAUUUAGAAGCAAAGAAAGGUACGUAAGAUAAGAAACUUAGGGGCAACGUGAUAGUUUAAAACGCGUUUAAAGUCGUGGUGAACAAAUGCAAAUGUAUUUAAAACGAGGAAAGUAAAUUUAUUGUGAGCGUGAAACAGUUUUGUUUUACCGCUGCUAAUAUAACGUUCGUUCGUGCGUAAUUUGCCUUAUUAAGUCACACACAUUGUCUUUCCUUGAAAUCAAUGCAGUUUUUGUUGCAAAUAAGAAGUAGCUCUUCUAAACGAUCAACAGUAUGCACUAAUUAUUUUUGAGUGAAGUGUUAAUUGUAGAUUCAGUCUUUGUAGAUUUUUAUCAUUUGUCACAAAAGGAGCAUUUUACGAACAGCAGAAAACAUUUCACACCAGUGUAACACUGACCAGGGCAGGUCAGGUCUUUAAUCAGCUUACACGCGCGCACAUGCAUAUGCGCGUGCACGGUGGCUGUCGGUAAACCCAAUGAGCAGGGAAUAGUUGCCAUAGCUUUGAGCAGGAAUUCUGAUCUUAAUAUUCUGUUGUGGUGAGUGGAAGAGACUCCCGAGUUCAACCUUUUCAUUCUGUCUAUGAUGUUUUCAUCACAUAGGGUCAGACAUAUGCAAAGACAAAUGUCGGUUUGGUCCUCACGUGUUCUGCAUAUCCCAAACUCCGCGCAAAACCAGUUUUACGCACGAAUUGGCUCCAGUGAUGACGGGGAUUAUUUUCCAAGCACUUACAGUACUGAGUAUUUUCUUGUUUGUUUGUUUCUGAAGGAAGAGACCACGGUAUCCGAUACAGACAGGUGUCACAAAUGCUUUGACAAUAAAAGGGUAGAAGAGACGUCACCUUUUAGCCUAAUGUUUUACGCUCUUUUAACCUUUACCGCUCCAGCUCGUAUUCAGUGCCACCAGUUUCCAUGAAAGCUGCUAGAGGUUUUGCACCACACACAGGCCACAAACCCUCAAACUUUGGACUCGCAGGAAAAAAAAAAAAAAAGUUUUAUGGAAAUUUCAUGACCUACCAUGGAUUUGUAUUUUAGUUUGAAAAAAUGCUCCCAUUAUAUGUGAUUUAUAUGUUAAUACUCAGGUUCCUUUAGUUUGUCUUUUUGCCAUGAUAUAUUAUUUUACCUAUUUAAACGCGUGCAAAACCUUAUUUGGCCCUUUUCUCUGGAAUUUGUAAAGUUUGCUUUGGAUGAUAAAACGAAGGACUGGGUUGAAGUUAACAAGAAGACGUCACUUCAAAGUGGAAAAGCCUACAUUUGAUAUUUAUUUUUAUAAAUGAUUGUGGCGAUAAGCCUAUAAUUUAUGCAAGUUGUAUUGCAAACAUUGGAAAAUGACUGCGUUUGUAAAUAUAUAUACAUAUAUAUUAUGGACGUUUUUUAUUUGAGAAGCAUUUGGAAAUUGAAAAAGCUUCACAAUCUUGUUGUUAUCAGGACUUUUACUAAUUUAUAUCUUUGAAUGUAAAUAAUGAGAACGUCAGUACAGACACUGGCGAGGUACCUACAUAAAGGAGAAUAUUAAAACUGUUUUCUCAACUAUUUUUUGAAGCUUGGCCAUUUAUUUAUACACUAUUAUUUCUGUCAGGGU